UGUCAGUCGAUGGUUGCAUGGACUAAGUUGGAGCUAUUCAGAAGAUCUCGCAGAAGAUCCAAUUGGGAAUUUCUUCUUCAUCACGAUCUAUUGAGUCAUUUUCUCUUUGAUCUCUUCUUAAACGGUUAGAAGAUCUCGGGUGUCGUGAACAAAAUUUGCUGGAUAUUGAAUUUCAUCAGAGAGCUCAACCCUGGAAAUUUUCAGACAACCCAUGGAAGUAUUCCGAGUAACUAAGCCACUCUAGUCGAUCGAGUGAAAGAGACUCCGAGUCAGUUACCGAUGGAACGUCGUUGAGUUCAUUUCGAAAUGUUUUGUGCUUCAUGAGGGAAUUUUUUCUACCAGUGAUCUCCAGUGUUUCAGAUCGUGUCCUAUAGCAAAUAGUUCCCCCUGUGCUAGAAUCCGGAGGAAUUCUUUUGUUGUACCACCACAAAACGAGGUAGAAAAUUGUAUUAUCGCAAAAUGUGAAUCAGGAAAAUUUCACUCAGUGUCCCACAUUGAUGAUUGGUUCGAUUUUGCAAAAAAAAAAAAGAAGAGUUAUGUGAGUGUGAAAUUGCGAGAGAUUGAUUUUCAUCUCGAGUUUUUGCAAAAUUUGUGCCACCAGGUGAUUCUGGAUUGUGAAGUGUUUAUGAAGAGGCAAAAAUUGAUAAUGUGCAAGUGCUAGUGGUAUCUUCAAUGGCCCUUUUUUCAUUGUCCUUCGUAACGGCGCCACGCGGAAGGACUUCCAGUGGUAGCCAGAGGAUUACAGCUGAUUUGGAUUACGAUGUUCCCGUGCCACGCAGACACAUCAUAAAGCCUACAUACGCAAAGGCAAUAUAUGAUAACAUCGCAGAGAGUCCUGAUGAAUUGGCCUUCAAGAGAGGUGACAUCCUGACGGUUAUUGAGCAGGAUACAGACGGGCUGACAGGCUGGUGGCUGUGCAAGCUCCGGGGACGGCAGGGAAUUUGUCCGGGAAAUCGCUUGCGAGUUGUGCAAUCAUACGACAGUGGCUGCUGCAGUCCAUCUCCCAUCUCAUCUCCAUGCCCAUCGAUUGGAUCAUCCACCAGUUUGUACGCCAAUCACACAACAAGUGUCACCAAUCCCUCUGAAUUGUACGAGAACACGAGCGUGGCUCGACUGCAGAAGCACGGAAAGAGGCGUUCGUGGCAUAUAAUGCCAAAUAAGGUGGUGACCCCCCAGAGAUGUGGUGAUGUGUAUCUCUAUGACUUGCUGCCGACUCCACAGCGAGGGGGUGGCUUCAUCGGCACCUCGUCGAUAAUGUCUGGUGACACAACAGAGACUUACGACGUGCCAAAGCCUGCCGUUCCUGUCAACUACGACGUGCCACGAGUCUGGCAUUCGCCGCGUGGUCGUCCUGAAGACUGCUGCUACGACAUCCCGCGCCCUGUGACUCUUCUCAGCCAGAAGGAUCUCACACCUAGCAGUUCUAACUCCUCCCUCCUAACUUCGGACAGUCUCAGCCUGUCUUCCUCUAAUCGCUCCUCAUUGGCCAACAUGACGGAUUACGAUGUGCCCAGACGACAUGCCAGAGCAUCACCGCAUCCAUCCAGUAUGAGCACAUCAACGGCAUCUCUACAGCUAAACUACGACGUUCCAGUUCCGCACAGUCCCCAAAGUCACACACUUCAGCUAAGCGCUUGUAAAGAGCUUCCACUAGAACUGGGAUCGGCACUGGAUACUCUGGCCAAGUUGCAAACGGAAGCCACUAAUGCUGUAACCAGACUUUUGGCAUUUGUGUCACCGCAAUGGCGAAUGCGUGACAAGUUAGAUCCUAUUCUGAUGGAUCUCAAGCUUGCAGCUGUACGCCUUCGGACAGCUUUGCAUGAUCUCGCUGAGUUUGGCGAAGGAGCAUUGGGGAACACCGCUAAAGCCGAUGACAAAGGACUUUCAGUGAAACUACGACCACUGGUAAGAGCGUUAAAAGAUGCCGAUAGACUUGUUCACGAAGCAUCCCACUGCAUUGACGUUCAAGGAUGGACUCUGGAGACAUUAGCCAGAUCUGAAACAAAGCCUGGAACACAACUACCACCAGAUAGUUUAGAUCAGUUAAUUGCAUGUGCUCAGACUCUCACAGAAGAUGUUCGACAGACGGCAUCCUUUAUUCAAGGCAAUGCAACGCUGCUUUUUAAGCGGAUCUCUCCAAGUGUAACACCUCAAACACCAAGCAACAAUAACAACGGAGACUGGCCAGAAGACUAUGACUAUGUAUGUUUGGAAUCGAAGGAGGCAUCAGCGAGGAAAAAUGCAGAGAUCAGGGAUGCUUUACCUUCGGAUUUACAGAAGAAUUUUGAGAAUGUUGUGAAAAAUGCCGAAACAGCAGCUAUUGGAGCUACAGCUGCCACAGAACUCGAUGCCAAUGAUAAAACGCUGUUAGUUUACUAUGCUGCUCAGACGGUGACGCACAUGAAUUACCUGACGCAAGCAAUUGACGCUUUUCUGCAGACUGUCGAACACAAUCAACCCCCCAAGUUCUUCCUAGCACAUGGCAAAUUUGUGGUACUGAGUGCCCACAAUCUUGUCAAUAUUGGAGAUAUUGUGCAUCGAAAUGUGACGAAACAGGAUGUCCGGGGUAAUAUACUUCAGUGUGCUGAUGCACUUAGUGAUGGAAUGAAGGCAUGCGUGGCUAAGACCAAAAAGGCAGCUCAACACUUUCCCAGUGUAAAUGCUGUGCAAGAGAUGGUGGAUUCUGUCGUGGACAUUUCUCAUCUAGCCAGUGACCUCAAGAUUGCAAUGUUGAGAGCUGUUCAGCAAUAAAAUUUCCCAGAAAAAAAAACAACAUUAUUUACCAAAAUAGUGUAAAUGGAACGCACAACAUCAUACAUAUUGGAGCCCUUCAAAAGGAAGCAAAAUGAGCAAUUUUCAUGCAAUGCAACCCAUUUAAAAAAGGGAGUCAAAUUAGCCCAUUUCCUUCCGGAAUAAUGGGAAUCGAAUGAACUUAUUUUAUAAAAAAAAAACACAGAAGAAUGAAACCGAAACUGCCAAAAUGUUUGUUUUUUACAACGCAACAUGUGAAGCGGAGGAGAAAUGACGAUAAAUAUUUGUCAAAAAAAAAUACAUUUUUGCAUGUCUAUAAAUAUCAAUAAGAUAAUGGGAUAAACUAUGUAGAAAAGCCUUUUAUUUGGUAGGUCAUUGCAGGACAUAAAAUAAAUCCUGGAUCCUUUAUGAACGAUAAACUUUUCAUUGUGAUAUUUAAUUGUAAUUAAUUUUUAGUUUACAAAAUCGUUCAAUCUAUUUUUUAAAAUUAUAAUGGUCAAUUCAUUAAGUUUUGAAAUACAUGUAUACCCCUUCUUAUUUAUUUACUUGAAAAAAAAUUAAAUUUUGUGUACUUCUUUUGUUCAUUGGGCCAAUGAAUAAAAUUUCUAGGUAAUGUAAGAUCCUAAAGGAAAAAAUCUUUAAAAAAAAAGAACAUUUUAGAUGUUUGUGUUCUGAUUUAGAAUACAUCAAAGAAAUGCACAAUAAGAAAAAUGUGUAAAAUGAUACAUUUUCCAAUGUUUUUUCACUAAAGUCGAGAAAAUCGAUUUCUAUAGUCAUAUAAGAUACUAUUCGCAUUAUGUAUGUAUGAACUAAAAAUAAAAAUAUACACUGAUUAAAUAAAAAGAAAGAAAAA